UGCUGGACUCCUGUAAUACGUGGCACAUUAUGGUCAGCGUGCUGUGAAUGUAGCACCGCUGUCAACAACCCCGUGAAUCAGAGCUUUAACCCUGUUAAACCACAGUGAAGAGUUGAAUUACUGCGCUAGAAGAGCUGGAUCAUGUCAGCCUCAAUGAUUAGGAGGGGCUUGGAGCUGCUGAGAGACGAUAUUAAAGGUGCUGGCAGCAGUCAGAAGAAGAAACAGAGCUCCAAGAAAGCCUCCCUGAUGUCUCAGAUCAGCACUAAUAGGCGAGGUGUUCGGAAGCAGAUCCGUCAGCUUCAGACUCACGGCAAAGCUGGAAAGAGCAAAGCUACGGUCAAAGACAAGCACAUCAAAAAUGCUUUAGAGGAAUACAGAAAAAAACAGAAGAAAAGUCAGCUCAGCAAAAACCUAAAGUUUUUCCUGGACACCAAAUAUAAAACACAAGAAAACUACACAAAGAAGAUCCUGCAUCAGAACUCUGGCCGGCUGUCCCAUCACCGACCAGACAAACAAGUCAAGGAAUCAAAUGAAGAAUCUAUCUUCACAGAGGAGGAGUUCCAGAGGUUCCAGGAGGAAUAUUUUGCUAAACUCUGAACUCAUAAUGGACUAUUCAGGACUCUGCUCAGAAGUUAUGCUGACAAUGAAUUCUGAAAAUCCAGCAAAUUUCAGACUGAAUAUUAGAUAAUAUUUUACUUUUGUUCUUUGUGUUUUGCAAAUAAAUUGUUGCUUGUUGGUUUUGCUGCAA